AUGUUUAUUGAAGGGGGUAGGAAGAUGAUCAGUGGGAGGUGAUGACUAGGCAUUAAUCGAGCAAAUCGCUUGUUUCUUUUGAGGUUUUAACGGUAGGAGGUUAGGCUGAUCAUGGGGAAGAUUGAAGGUUUUCAAAUGGUCUUAACGGAUUUAAAUUAAAAUGGCAAGAACUUUCUUUACAAAACACAAAAUGGCAAGAACUUUCUUUACAAAACAUAAAAUGGCAAAAACUUUUUUUACAAAAUAAAAAAUGGCAAGAACUUUCUUUAUAAAACGAGAAAUGGCAUAUACCGUAUAACUUUUCAUCCGCAGGUUGCAAAAUACGAAAUCUGUAUUUUUUUGGUCUCAUGGGAUAAUUAAAGACUAAAACAUUAUAUAAGGGUUCCACUGUAUAUUGAUCUGUAAAGAAAGUUCUUGACAUUGAAUCGAAAAAUAAAUUUUACAAAAGUUUUAGUAAUUUUUGAGUGUAAUUUGGGUUGGAUAGUAAAGUACCGUAUACCUUUUCCUUUCUCUUCAUUUCAAUCUCUCUAAUUUGACAAGAACGUCAAGAUUCUUAUGGAAACAAAAAGAAAAACAUUGAAUAACACUUCAAGGUUACUAUAACAUUACUAGGAAUCAAAGUAAAAAUUCAUUGAAUGGUCGUAAAAGAAAACCAAAAAUGACAAGAACUUUCUUUAAAAAUCAAAAAAUGGCAAGAACUUUCUUUACAAAUCAUAAGAAAACAAAAAAAAUAUUAAAAAAACAUAACAAAAACAAGAUUUCAACUUGAAAAUUGAGUAAUAAUUGAUUUAACAAGUGGCUUUACAUAGUUUGCACUUCUAAGUUUAUACAAAAGAUUAGUGUUUUUUGUAAAAGCGAGGUUUAAGCGCGGAUACCAAGAGGUUUAUUGGGAUUAGAAUAUUACUUUAGAUCAUAAUCAAGGGGGUGGGUGAUUUUAAAAAUUUGGGGAGGGUAGGAUAUUUUUAAGAGUAGUGGUGGGGGGCGGAGAAGAGGGGGCGUUCCAAGAAGAUUUUACAUUUACUACCCUACCCUACUCAACCUUUUUUACACUACCCUACUAUACUUACCGUAUUCUACCAUACACAACCCAAUUUUACUAUACUUUACUCUACCUUACUCUACCAUUCUUUAGUCUACCGUAAUUUUCCCUUCCCUCACUUUAAUCUACCCUACUAUACAUUACCAAGCUUAAAUCUACUCUGUCUUAUUUUGCUCUACUCUACCCUACCUUACUCUAACAUACUUUGCUCUACGGUACCUUACUCUAUCUUACCCUACCUUACUCUGCUUUACCCUGUCUUAGCAAACAUUACCGUAUACAAACUAACCAAAUAGUUUUAAGUUUUUGAUACAAAAAAGUUUUAAAAAAUGUGUAAAAUACACUGGAGCCUGACUGUAUUCCAAUAUUUCUCUAAACCAUGCAUUUUCAGACGACUGCAAAGACAAGCCAUGCGCUCUUGGCGCAGUAUGUCACGAUCUAGUCAAUGAUUUCGAAUGUGAAUGUCCACAUGGCUUUACUGGUAAAAGAUGUCAUAUCAAAGAAGACCUAUGUCAUCCAAACCCAUGUGCCAACGGCGAUUGUGUCGACCGACUUUUCGACCGCGAAUGCAUUUGUCACGAAGGCUGGACUGGAUCACAUUGUACACAGAACAUUGACGAAUGUGCCGACGCCCCGUGCAAAAACGGCGGAACUUGUAGGGAUAAGGUAAGGAAUGGCGCAAAAGUUAAAAGUUAGGGUUUUUUGGAAUUUUGUGAAAUGGGUGAGAAACAUUAAUUUUUAGAAUAAAAAGAAGUGCUAUAAGCUUGAAAAUGGCAUAAACUUGAAUUUUGAUUGUUAAAAUGUAAAAAAAUAUAGGGUUUUUUCAAUUUUGUGAAACGGCCCGGCUGAAGAAAAUCGAUUUUUAUAAUGAAAAGAGCUUAUGAGCCUAAAAAAUGGAUAAUUGUGUUUUAGCGGUUAAGAAAAGUUAAUUUUAAGUUUUAAAAAAGUUUGUGAAAUGGUCCGGGUGGAAAAAAAUUGUCUAAAGAGGCCUACAAUUGAUUUUCAAGUCUAAAAGGCGAUAAAAGUUAAGGUUAAAUAGAUGAAAAUUAUUAAAGAGCUAAAAUAUUACCUAAAAACGUCAUUUUUUAUUUUAUUAUUACCUAAAAAAUUAUUUUUCCGAAGCAAAAAACCAACAAUAGUACCUAAAAAACCCAAAAAAUUCCCUCUUAUCAAGUACAGACCUGACUAAAACCUCGAAAAACAGCACUGUUCCAUCUUGUUUUCAAGUUAAAAUGACGAUUUUACAAUCCGAACUGAUAAGAAAGUCAAAACUUAACUUGAGCAAGCAGUAACGUGCUUAAGUUAACAAGAUUACCUAAUUCUCGAACAAAGAUAAGAUCUAAAAUGGCUUUCAAAGUCAAUUUUUGUGAAAAUGUUUAAGAAUGAGUCAUUGGGAAAAGGACAAAACUGUUAAAUUUGACUGUAAACAAAGUUUUUGAAAUAAAAAUUUUAUUUUUUGCGAAAUUUUUGGUUUUUGGAAGGUUUGAGGGUGGAAGGAAAGUUCUUGCUAUUUUUUGUUUUGUAAAGAAAGUUCUUGCUAUUUUUCGUUUUGUAAAGAAAGUUUUUGCUAUUUUUCCAUUUGUAAAGGAAGUUCUUGCCAUUUUUUGAUUUGUAAAGAAAGUUUUUGCCAUUUUUUGUUUUGUAAAGAAAGUUUUUGCUGUUUUUUUUAUUUGUAAAGAAAGUUCUUGCUUUUUUUUAUUUUGUAAAAUACGCUCUUGGUUUUAUGGCUUUAAUGUUAAGUUGUAUGUGUUUGCAGCCUGCAGGCGACAAGUUAUACGAUGAAUACGGUUUUUUUUGUUUUUUAAAGAUUUUUUGUGGUUGUAAAGAAAGUUUUUGCUAUUUUAUCACAUUUUUUAUCAAAAUUUGACAAAAAAUAAAAAAAAAUUUUUUGGGUACAUUUUUUUUCAAAUGGCAUUAAAACAAAAUUUUUUUAAUUUAAAAAUUUUCAGGAAAACGGCUACGACUGUCAAUGCCCACCAGGCUUCUACGGAGUCCAAUGUCAACACCAGAUCAAUCACUGUGCCACAGCACCGUGCCAAAACAACGCAACGUGCCUGAACCAAGGUGCCAAAUACCGUUGUGAAUGUCCACUCGGCUUCGAGGGCGCACACUGCGAACUAGAGAUUAAUGAAUGCGAAGAGAAGGAAGCUUGCAGCCCUGAGGGCACGGAGAUGUGCCAAGACCUGGUGAACGGCUUCAGAUGCCAAUGUAGACACGGCUUCACGGGCGAACGAUGCGAAAUUCAUCAAGACCAGUGCAUGAGUGAGCCUUGCAUGAACAAUGGCAGUUGUAUUGAUUUGGGUAGUAGGUUUAAAUGUGAAUGCAAAAAUGGAUGGAAGGGAGAGAAAUGUGACAUUGAGGCAGGCAAAUGUGAGGACAAACCGUGCAAGAACGAUGGCAAUUGUGUCAACUUGAACGAUGGAGACUACUUCUGUGUUUGUCCUGAGGGUAGGGAGUGAUUUUUUUGAUAUUCUCAAGAGUUUUUGAUGGUAUUAGGGGGUUGCAACAGAAUGCCAAGAUUGGCGGGAAAGUGAAAAUUUGAAAUGUUUUUACAAUUUUUUAUUAAAAAAUAAUUUUUAGUUAUUUUAAGUAGUUAGAAUUAAUUUAAAACAUAUUUUUCGACUAUUAUAAGGCUUUAAAACAGAAUGCCAAAUUUGGCGGGAAAAUUGAAAUUUGAAUUUUUGUUUGAAAUAUGUAAAAUUUGGGGCUUUUAAGUGCCUAGGGCCAAAAUAAAACAGGUUUUGACUAUUUUAAGGCCUUAAAACAGAAUGCCAAGUUUAGCGGGAAAAGAAAAAUUCAAAUUUCACUUUUUUCAGGAGUAAGUGGAAAGAACUGUGAACACGCCCCCAACCGUUGUAUCGGUGAACCUUGUCAUAACGGUGGAGUUUGUGGCGAUUUUGGUUCAAAACUCGAGUGUACCUGCCCUAAAGGCUUUGUUGGUGCAGGCUGUGAGUACCAAUUGGACGCCUGUCAUCAUGGUCUAUGCCAAAAUGGUGCCACAUGCGAAAGCCUAAAGAACGGCGACUACAAAUGUCACUGUGACAAGGGAUAUAAUGGCAAAAACUGCGAAAACGAAAUCGACGAGUGUACCAGUGGUACCUGCCCAAUUGGUGCCAAGUGUAUCGACCAGUCGAACGGAUAUUACUGUCAAUGCCCAUUUAAUAUGACCGGACCUUCAUGUGACAAGGAAAUAUCGACCGAUUAUGACAUUCGAUUCAAUGAAGGUAUGGAGGCGGCGCAAGCUGCUUUGGCGGUACCAGUACCAUUCUCAUCCGGUGCUUUUUCAUUGAGUUUGUGGAUCAAGUUCGAUGAACCACAUGCUAAUGGGGAUGUGCUGACAUUGUACAACAGCCAGUAAGUUUUACUUAUCAAAGUAAUGUUUAUAUAAUGUUAAAAAUGGCAUUUUUUAUAAUUUUAUCGCACAGUGCCAGAAGUUUUUCGGAUUGCACAGUGCAAUGAUUUUUAAAAAAAAUGUUUUUGCCAUUAUUUUUGAAGAAAUUAAAUUAAAAUUGGUUUUAAUAGCUUUAUAUUAGUCUGUAGUAAACUUUAUAAUAGAUUUUGUUACCUAAAAUUACAUGAAAAUUUUGCUUUGACGAAAAUAAAAAAUAUUGCGCGGUGCAAGGAAAUUAAAUUUUUGCACGGUGCAGGGGAAUAAAAGAUAAUACAAAAAAUGGCAAGAACUCUUUUUACAAAACAACAAAUGGAAUGAACUUUCUUUACAAAUUAAAAAAUAACAAGAACUUUUUUUACGAAACAAAAAUCGGCAAGAACUUUCUUUACAGAACAAAAAACUACAAAAACUUUCUUUAAAAAUCAAAAAAUGGCAAGGAAAAUCUUUACAACCUUUAAUAUGACGUUUUUCAGAACCCUAAACGGACCAUCCAACCUGACCGAGCUCUUGAGAGUUUCGGCCGCUUCUUGUCGCUUGGCCCUAUUCUCCGACGAAAAUCCAUUGACUUUGCAUUUCCCAACGAAUCAACGAUUGAAUGAUGGAAAAUGGAACAAUUUGGUGAUCACUUGGUCAGCUCACGAAGGAGCAUACUCUUUGGUUUGGAACGCCAUCAGGUUGUAUGCUGAUGUUGGCUAUGGCAAAAAUAAGCAGUUGAAUAUGAAGUGAGUGGGUAAGGUCGGGUAGGGUAGGGUUGGGUAGGGUAGGGUAGGGUAUGGCAAGGUAGGGUAGGGUCGAAUAAUACAUGAGAAAGUAUAGUAGGGUAUGGUAGGUUAGGAUUGGUGUGCUGUAUUUACAGUGUGGUACUAAAAAUGGCAAUAACUUUUUAAAAUUAAAAUUUUUUAAAAGAUUUUUUGAAAAUUUAAGAUUAGCUUAAAAUUUUAGUCUAGAAACAUAUGUAAUAGUUAAAACUUUUAUUCGGGUCCUAAAUUACGAAACGUGUAGACGUAGUAUAGUGGUAGCGAGCCUGACUUGCGCGCCAAAUCAUGCGGCUUCGAAUCCUACUGAUCGUAAAUGACGUAAUAACAUUUAAUGCGUGUUAUAAUGUAAAAUACGGGAGAUGUGGGCUUUGUGAAGCAUAAUUUGAUUAUUAGUACUACUUUAGACUAUAAUUUUUUAAAAUCAGCUAAAAUGACAUUUUAAAAUCAAAAAAUUUUAGUGCUUGGAUAAACCUGGGUCGACCGGUAGAUGCCUCAACAAAUGAUGCGAAAUUCGUUGGCAGUGUGACUCGAGUUCACAUUUGGAGCCGCACCUUGAAUUUCGAAAAUGACAUUCCGACCAUCGUUCAAAGCUGUCAAGACUCACCGACCAUCUUCUCUGGCCUAGCCUUGCACUUUGCCAACUACGACCUUCUAAACGGCAAUGUUGAGAAAAUUGGCAAAAGCUCUUGUGGUCGUACUGUUUAUGGUACUACUGGUGCAGUUGGUACUACUGGUGCAAUUGGUACUGAUGGUGCACAUGGUACCGAAGGUAGUCAUGAUAAUGUCAACUUCCAUCCUAUUGAUGGUACUACUGGUGCACAUAGUACUGUACAAGUUGAGAAAUGUCCGAAAGACAUAUUCGUGGUAACACCAAUGAAGGAGGUCAACGUUUCAUGGGAAGAGCCAGUGUUCUCGGCCGUGAACAAUGUGGACAGAGUGGAGAAGAACUUCAAGAGUGGCCAAAUGUUUACGUUCGGCGAGUUUCAAGUACUCUAUGUGGCUUAUGACAACGAAAGCAACAGUGCUGAGUGCAGUUUUAAGGUAAAGAGAGAUGAAAUUGACAUUUUGGGAGGUUGAAACGGAAUGCCAAUUUUGGCGGGAAAAUAACAAUUCAAAUAUUUUUGUGUAAUUUGUUAUUUUAAUUUAUAUCUAACACUUUUUUAGGGUUGUAAGUGUUUUAAAUGUACUUUUUAAGUGGUUUUAACGCUGUACAUCAAUAUGCCAAAUUUGGCGGGAAAACAAAAAUUUGAACUUUUUUACUAAACUUGGUAUCUAAGGUUAUUUCUAACACUUUUAAAGUGUUGUAAGGGUAUUAACAAUACUUUUACAGUUGUUUAAAAGUGUUAAAACACAAUGCCAAUUUUGGCGCGAAAAUUAAAAAUUUGAAUUUUUUGAAAAAAUUGAUUAUUUGGUUCACUAUGUUUCACAUAUGUCUAAAAUAAAUAAAAAAAAUAAAAAUUUUUGAUUUAAAAAGUGCCAUUUUAGAUACACAUAACUCGCGAAUUCUGUCCAGACGUCCAGAAUCCAGUGCACGGUCAACAGUUUUGCGAGUACUGGGGCCCGGACCUCAAGUACCGUGCUUGCUCCAUCCGAUGUGAUGCAGGCUUUGAGUUCAGCGAAGCACCAGCUCUCUUCUACACUUGUGCUGGCGACGGUGUGUGGCGUCCACGGUCUUCAGAAGCCUUCAGCUUCCGUUAUCCACAGUGCGCGCCCAAGAAGCCGGCUUCACGCCUCGUGCACAUGAAAAUCGACUACCCUGCUGUGACGAUAUGCAACAUAGCAUCAACUGACACAUUGAGUGAGCGAUUGGUGCAGAGGAUCAAUCAGUUGCACAGUAAAUGGAAGCUAUGUCAAGAUACGACCAAAGACGUGUGUGAUGGUGUAGAUGUGAAGGCGCAAUGUGUAAACGAUGAGUUACAGAGGGCUGAAAGAGAAGCUGGUGGGCAGGAUAGAAGUAGGAGAGAGGCUACACAAAGAUUUGAGGUCAAGAUCAGCUUGCCAGUUCAGAAGAUCGCUGUCAGUGAAGGUAAAGGUGAAGCCAAGGAUGUGAUCGACAUCAUUCAAAACGAAGUCUUCAACAAGGAUCUUCUGAAUCUUGAACAUGUAGGUUUUUAUCAAAUUUUAAAGUUUUUUUAUUUUAAAAGUAAAAAAGAUUUUUUGCACGGUGCAGUGAUCUUUCCAGACUGCACAAUGCAAACUUUUUUUAAAAAUUGGUUGUUGUGCUAUUUUAAAAUAUAGCUAAGCGCAAAGUGUUUUAAUACUUUUAAAAUGGAUAGUUAUUAAAUAUUGAUUAGUAUUUGGUACCUAAAAUAAUAUACAAAAAGUGUGGUGAUAAAAAAAAUUUUUUGCACAGUGCAAACUUUUUUCAAAAAUUUUUUGUGAUGCCGUUUUUAAAUAUAACAAAAUGGAAAAUGUUUUAAAACGUUUAGAAUAGAUAGUAAUUGAAGAUAGAUUAGUAUUUGUUAUACCUAAAAUAGAAAAAGAAAAAAUUUGUUGCACAGUGCAAUGAAUCUAUUAUAUUCAGUGUUUUGCCCGGACCGGUCCGGAGCGUUUUUCACCGGUCCGGUCCGGCGAUUUUUUGGGUCCGGUCGGGUCCGCAAAAAAUUUUUUUUUUAAUUUUUAAAAAAAGCAAGGAUCGCUAAAACUGCUUUCUUUUUGCUUAAAAACUCCUAAAAAUAUGUUUUAUUUGCAAUUUUUAAAACAGUUUUAUUAAAAUAAAAAAAAAUUUCUUCCGGACCAGUCCGGAGCGUUUUUCACCGGUCCGGUCCGGCGAUUUUUUGGGUCCGGUCCGGACCGGACCGGUCUGGCAAAACACUGAUUAUAUUUGACUGCACGGUGCAGUGGUUUUAAUAAUUGCACGGUGCAGAAUUAUAAAAAAUGGCAAAAACUUUCUUCAGAAAACAAAAAACGGCAAAAAUUUUCUUUACAAAACCUAAAAUUGCAAGAACUUUGUUUACAGAACAAAAAAUGGCAAUAACUUACUUUACAACCUCAAUUUUUUUAGCUUUUACCAAACGGCCGACCAGAUCUGAACUCUUUCAAACUUGACGAAGAAUUCAAAUGUAGAAUGGGCGAGGUUAACAUCAAGGAUUCUUGCAUACCAUGUGCUUCUGGAAGUUAUUUCAAUCAGAAAACGCAAUCUUGUACUCAAUGUUCUGCUGGUGAGUAUCAACCAAAUGAAGGGCAACUGUCAUGUCUGGCAUGCCCAGGCAAUGGCGUCACUACAUCACCUGGCGCUAUGUCGGCUGAGGAGUGUAAACGUAAGUUUUAGGGUUGAGGGGUGGGAGGGGGGGGAUAAAUAUGAUGGUAGACUAAGCCGAGAAUGGGGGAUGGUACGGUACUGAAGGGAGAAAGCAGGGGUAUGGUAAAGUAAAGUAGGGUAGGUUAGGGUAAGGUAGGGUCGGGUAGAGUAUGAUAGGCAAGGCAUUGUGGGAUGGGAUAGGAUAUUGUAGGGUACCCUAGGCUAGGGUGGCAUAUUGUAGGCUAAGGUUGGGGUACAGUUCAUUAGACUAGGGUAGGGUAAAUGUUUAAUAAAGAAAAAUAGAUUACUGUAGGGUGUGUUAGAGCAUGUUAAAAUAGGGCAGAAAAAGGUAAAGUACUUUAGGUCAGGGUAGUGUAAAAUACGUACAGGGUUAGAUAUGGUUAUGUAGGUAUACUUAAUGUAAGAUAGAUUGAGGUAGAGUAUGGUAGGUUACGGUAGUGUAGGGUAGGGUAGGGUAGAGUAGGGUAGGGUAGGGUAGGGUAGGGUAGGGUAGGGUAGGGUAGGGUACGGUAGUGUAGUGUAGGGUAGGGUAGGGUAGGGUAGGGUAAGGUAGGGUAGGGUAGGGUACGGUAGUGUAGUGUAGGGUAGGGUAGGGUAGGGCAGGGUAGGGUAGAGCAGUUAGGGUGGGUAGAUAAUGUAAAAUACGUUCAUUAAAACUUUUUAGUGUAAGAUAUAAUUUUUCAGCACGAUGUGAUGCUGGAUAUUCACUAAACUUGAGAACAGGCGAGUGUGAACCAUGUGGUUUUGGAUUCUACCAACAAUUCGAAGGCGCCUUCGAAUGUGUGCCAUGUGGAGUGGGUAAGACCACAUUAAAAAUGACCAGUCGAAACGAAGAGGAGUGUCGUGAUGAGUGUCCUGGUAAGUAUUGGUUAGUACAAUGUAGUUACUAUAUGGUAGAGUUGGGUAAGGUUAAUACGGUAGUUUAAAGUACUUGAUGGGCAGGGUAGGAUGGGGUAGAGUAGGAUACGGUAGGGUAGUGUAUAUUUUUUUUAUUUUUGUGAAAAGGUCCGGGUACUUAGUCUUACUGUAAUUGAUUUAAAUUUGCUAUUACUGCAAUUUUAAGUUGUUUUUAGUAAAACUACAGUAACCUUGGAUGAAAAAAAAUUUUUUAUUUAAAGGUUUCGUUUUCGGCCGCUUGUUUUUGGCUUAGUAAUUAGACUUCAAAGCCUUUGAAAUUGAUUUAAAAUUGGAAAAAAAUAAAAUUUUGGGAAAAAAGUUUUUUUUCGCAAAACAAAUUGGAAACUUAAUUUCUGCGGUGAAAAUUUAAUUUAAUUCGAAAUUUCAAAUUUUGUGAAAAAUUGCAAGAAUUUUCGUUACAAAACAUAAAAUGGCAAAAACUUUGUUUAUGCGUAUUUUACUUUUAAUCGUUUUCAGAUGGUGAACAUCUGACACCCUCAGGCGACUGUCAAUCGUGCCCGAUUGGCUCGUUCCGAACCAAAGGCCUCCACAAACAAUGCGUGGAGUGUCCGGCCGGCACCACCACCGAGAAGAUUAAAUCAACGCGCAAAUCGGAUUGUAACACACCCAGAUGCGACCCCGGACAGUUCCUGGUGACAGCAACGUAAGGAUUUGCUUUAUAAGACAAAAAAUGGCAAGAACUUUCUUUACAAAGUAAAGAAUGGCAAGAACUUUCUUUACAAAAUGAAAAAUGGCAAGAACUUUCUUUACAAAGUAAAAAAUGGCAAGAACUUUCUUUUAAAGUCCAGAAAAAUAAAAAAUUUUUAAAAUAUUAUUGCACUGUGCAAAAUAAUUUUUUAUUGCACGGUGCAGACAUUUUUUAAAAAUUCAUUGUGCCAUUAUUUUUGAAUCUAUCAGGAUAAAAAUAGCUUUACUAGCUUUUUAUUAACUCAUACUAAAUGUUAGACUACUAUGUGUUACCUAAAAUAAUUUUUGAAGAGCACAGUGCAGUACAUAAAAAUUAUUGCACGGUGCAAUAAUUUUUCAAAAUUUGAUUGUGCCAUUCUUUUUAAAGCAAGAACAGUAAAAAUGGUUUCAAUAUAUUGUUAUUGUCCAGACUAAAAGUUAAAACACUAUUUGUUACCUAAAAUAAUUUUAGCAUGGCACUAUGAUUAAAAUGAAAAUUAUUGCACGCUGCAAGAAAUUUUUUUUUGACUGCACGGUGCAAAACCAAGAAUUUUAAUUACAUUUCAAAAAAUGGCAAGGACUUUGUUUACAAACCAAAAAAUCGCAACAACUUUCUUUAUAAACUAAAAAAUAGGAAGAACUUUCUUUACAAUCAAAAAUUUUAGUAAGCAAUGUCAAUUCUGCCCCCGAGGCACAUACCAAGACCAGCCAUUACAAUCGACUUGUAAAAUAUGCCCUACCGAUUACACCACAUCAGCCUCGGGUGCUACACACGAAUCUCAGUGCUACAAUACGAAUCAAUGUGCUACUGGAGACAACAAUUGUUCAUGGCAUGCGGUUUGUCUCGACCUGCCUGAUGAUGAUGAUGUACCUUCAUUUGAAUGCAAAUGCAAACCUGGCUUCAGAGGAAAUGGCACUGUUUGUACUGGUAAGGAUACUGUAGCUUUUUUGGGAGGGGAGGGGGUUUCAUUUUGGAUUUUUGGUAAGUACUGUACUUUGGGUGGGUUACUGUAGUGUUGGCUAGGGUAAGUUAGGAUUGGGUAUAACAAAGUAGGGGAGAGUACGGUAGGGUAGGGUUGGGUAGGGUAGGGUAGGGUAGGGUAGGGUAGGGUAGGGUAGGGUUGGGUAGGGUAGAGUAGGGUAGGGUAGGGUAAGGUAGGGUAGGGUAGGGUAGGGUAGGGUAGGGUAAGGUAGGGUAGGGUAGGGUAGGGUAGGGUAGGGUAGGGUAGGGUAGGGUAGGGUAGGGUAGGGUAGGGUAGGGUAGGGUAGGGUAGGGUAGGGUAGGGUAGGGUAGGGUAGGGUAGGGUAGGGUAGGGUAGGGUAGGGUAGGGUAAGGUAGGGUAGGGUAGGGUAAGGUAGGGCAUAGCAGUGCAUUUUAAGGCAGGGUAGGGACGCGCAGAGUACCAUUGAACAAAACUCAUUUCAGACGCCUGCCUAAACUUCUGCCUGAACGACGGUACCUGCAAGAAGAACAACGUUGGCUACGUGGAGUGUAGCUGCAAAGAGAACUUCAGCGGCGAGCGUUGCGAGAUCCGCUUCCAGCCUCGUACUCAAAAGAUCAUGCACGCCACCAUCACCAUCGGCAUGGUCGUCUUCCUCCUGAUCAUCAUCAUCGUCGCGAUCUGGGCGAUCCGUCAUCAAUUCAGUCAUCAUGACGAGGCCGGAUCCAUUCACAAACCCGUCAUCCCAUCGCUAGACCCCAUGGAUCCGCGCGUAAACUUUGUUUACAGCAACGCCAGACGAAGUGCGUCGAGUGGUGGCUCAAUUCGACCGGUCGGUUACUACUAUGAGGAUGAUAAUCAACCAGACGCCAAUGAAGUCAAGUCAAUGUUCGUGGGUGAAACAACAACGGUAGUGGAACAGAACGUGCACGAUGAGAUGGAACAGCAAAUGGAACGGUUUGCUUGGCCUGGUCAUAAUGACAAUGGUACUACUGGUGCCUCUGGUAUGAAUGGUACUAACGGGCUUUGCAGUACCAAUGAUACCACAAGACUGUUUGGUACUAAUGGUAAUAAUAGACUUUCUGGUACUAAUGAUCAAUUAGCUACUAAUGGUGCUACUGGUACUAAUGGUGCCACUGGUAUCACUGAACCAUCAAGUGCUCUUGUAUUAAGCAAAACCAACUCAUAUUACGGACAAAAUGCAAACUACCAAAAUGGUACCACUGGUACACUUAAUGGUACUACUGGUACCACUAGUGUCCAAAACCCUCAAAAUGGCUCAAAUCGCUCAGAAAAUGUUCGAAAUGGCCAAAAUUUGGAAAAUAGUGUAAAUAGUACUACUGGUACUAAUGGUACAUUUCAUGGUAACAACAAUAGUAAUGGUGCUGCUUUUGGAAAUGGUGCUUCUAAUGGUGCUAUUUCUGGAAAUACUGGCUCUAAUGCUGCGAAUAAUGGCCCUAGCUAUCUUAAUGGCACGAGUACGGGUUACGGUAACUCGGACAGUACCAGAAGAGACGACAACACAUCUUAUCAACCAAGAUAUACAUACGACAAUGACAGAUUCGCAGCGAUGCGAAGACAUUUCUAUGAAAAUCGAAUGUCGUAA